CGACUAUGGUGGAGGUUUUCUAAAGUAAGAUCAAGCUGAAUAACUUCAAUUUAGGAUUCAAAUACCGCUAUUUAGAUCUGACCUUUUCUUUGAUAACAUGGGCGGAGUGUGCUUGUGCUUUUUAUGGACUUGCAGACCGGUGUGGCCACUUUUUAUUAUUCUGGCUACAAUACCGUGUGUGUUGUACUGCUCAGAGAGUCCUGCAGCUGUCGUUGGCAAAAUGUAUCCACGGGGCAACCACUGGGCAGUAGGUCACUUGAUGGGGAAGAAGAGCAUCGAGAGCCUACCUGAACUGCAAGAGACAAACCAUGACAGUGACUACCUCACACCCUUAGAAACAGCUGGGGUCACAGAGCGACUGAUGGAGGCACUGAUGCAACAAAAGAACCAGGAACAGACAACGCCACAGACUGCAGACCGGCUGCUUUGGCUGCAGAGCGGCUGGAGAGAAGAGGACAGAGACAAAUAUCUCAGAGAGAUGUCCAACCUGCUUCUUCUGGCUUUGAAACUGCGAGACAGUGAAUCCACCUGAAUGCAAGACAGUCAUCAUUAUCUACUAAACAUGUGCUGUAAUCACAUAUUCACACUGUAUAUUUUUUCCUCUGCAAGAGUACGCUGGAAAGCCAAUAGAAGUUUAUUUAAUCAGUAAUUCAAUUCUAAUAUGUGCAUCAUGCAGGAGUUUGAUUACAGACUGACAGGAUAAGGUUAUGUUGAAUGCAUUGAGAUGCUGAAUAAAUUUAACAUUGUGAUAA